UAGAGCAAUACACACAAACUGUAUACGGUUAAAUGUUGACUUAAAUCUUGACUUAAAGCUUUCGUGACUGCAGGAAUUUAUAGUCUCUGGGCCUUUCGGUAAAGUCACGUAGAUGGGUUCAAAGAAAAUAACAAAACACGACGUUUCGAUCGCAACGCAAAAGCGAUCGUCACCAGGAGGCUGCGACUUUACCGAAAGACCCAGAGAACAUCCACCGCGAGUGUGUGCGGCGGCGGCGGCGUUAUAGCUGAGAAGCGAAGGCAGCUGCCGCGGUGCAUCGUCCAGCGCGCUCCCGGUGCGACCCGUCCUCCCGGCGCGGCAGCAGUGGAGCGAUGGCAGGGGGCAUCGAUGGGUUCGCCGCAGUUACUCGGAUGCCUGUCGGGGCGGGCGGUGCGUCCUGCGUGGUGCAGCUGGAGGAGCGCGUUCACGUCGUGGAGUUCAGUCCGUUCCCCCGCAGCGCUGGGCUCAUCGCCGUGGGCUGCGGCGCCCUCAUCACCCUCGGAGCAUGCACGCUGCAGGAGGAAGAGGGUCUUGUGUUCACCCGCAUGAAGUCCUACGAGGGUGGGGCUCGUGUGCACGCGCUCGCGUGGAGCCCUGACACGCACCUGGGUCCCCACCCCCAAAUGCUCAGGUUUUGCUCAGCCACCGCUGACAAGAAGAUCCGUGUGUACCGCUCGGACCUGCAGGGGAGCGAGGAGGUGCAGGAGCUCGAGGGACACCACGCAUACGUUAACGCCGUGGCGUUCGAGCCGACCGACGGGCAUCUUCUCGCAAGCGUCUCCGACGACAACACGUGCCGGAUCUGGGAUGACUCUGGUGACCAGCAAGUCUGCCUCCCGCUGCUCUCCCCUGGCGCCAGUGUGUGCUGGAGUUCCACAGAGCCUGACAAGCUGCUGGUGGGCGAGCGUGGCGGCCGCGUGCGGGUCUACAGCGCGAGGAGCUGGGCCGCGCUGCUCUCCCUGGACUGUGGGGCCCCCAGCGGACCCCUCAUGAUGGCCGACUGGAGCCCCCUGGACCCGGUGUCUGUUGGCGCCGUGGCAGGGGCCGACUGGCUCCUGUGGGACUCGUCGCGUGGCAGCUGGCCCGUGGAGCGCAAGUCAGCGCACCUGGAGGGCGCCUCCCAGUUUCGUUGGUGCCGUGCCGUGGGGGGCGUAUUUGCCACCACAAGUCCCCCCGGACGGCUGAGUGGAACGCUGCUCAUUCACAACCUGGCACACGUACAGCCGGCGCUGGAGAGCAAGGUGCCAGCGCUGUCAGGCCUGAGCUGGCACCCGCAGCUGCCUCUGUGCGCCUGUGGUUCUGACCGCAGCCUCUGCUUCUGGCUGCUGGAGCUGUGAGCCCUGGUGUCCAAGGCCUCACGUAGGAUCUGCUCAACGAACGAUCGCCCGUGAAACAAUAGCUUGGCAGCACGUGUCUCAUGCUUCCUCUUGAUCUCUUCUCUGAAACCAAACCUGAAAAGUUAAGAGCCCCAACCAGCGGUCAAGUGAGGGGUUUAGUGGAAGGGCUAGCUCUAAUUGCCUAGUUGAUGAGGAUUAAAGGUAGCACUCGUACCAGUGGCUGGUUGAGUUGUUUGUUUAGGAAAAAGCUGAGUGGUUGGCUCAUGGGUAAGUGUUAUGCAUUUGGGAAAAUGUUGACUUGGUUAUCAUGCAUCCAGCUGGCUCAAUGGUUGAGCAAGCAGCUGGAAGGUUGUGAUUUCAAACCCUCUUUUGAGCGUUGACUCCGGCCCUUCAUUCCCCUUUGGACCAAAAUGAGCAACACGAUGUGGGGAAGUUGACAGUGGUUGUCCUGCGGAGGAGAGGCUCACCUACAACAAUGGGAAUGUGGAAUUUACGCCACUAUCUCAGGGCUCCAAUGAAUGGCGUUUUCAUUUUCGGCUGCUUUUCAUUUGCCAGGAUUCGGAUGUUCCAAGUGAGCCGAAGCACGCCGCCAUGCCUGUUUGCCCAGGCUGUGUUUGUGAUAAAGGCCUCGGUGCAUUUCUGCCAAAAAUCCGACAAAGAGGAACAUUUUCCAAUGAAUGAAUCGUGUGACCCUGUUUGUGUGCAGUGCCUUCACAUUGUCUUUGUGAUGUGGUUUCAAUAAACGCCAACAUUUCUAUGGGA